AUGCUAUGCUACAAUUGCCAAAAGCCUGGACAUUUCAAGGUUGAAUGCCCCUACCCAGUCGUCUGCAAGUACCAGGACCAAGGAAAAGGAUCUGGCACUCAAGGUAGCACGAGAAAUGCACCUGUUGAGACAAGCGGUCGUAGCUCUCAUCACUUAGGGGGUUGCCAAAAGAGUGAUCGUAGAAGGAAGACAUUGGCAGUCGAAGAGACAAUUGAGAAGACUAUAGCCGAGCCAUGCACUUCCAGUUCGAGCUCAGACAGCGAGAGCUCAGGAGAUGGAAGGGACUCAUCUAUCUAUACAGUCAAGAAGAAUCAGACAAAGACAUGUGCCUCGUGGCAAAUGACAAGGAGCUGCAAUGAAAAUCCUAUGGAUUUAGUCUUUAAAUUGAUGAAAGACUUCAAAAUUGUCAAAAGCACUCACUCUAAAUUGAAGGAAGAAAAUGCUCGACUUUUGGCUGAACGAGACGAUCUCAAGAGCAUUGUGCUAAAAAAUAAUGAGAUGUUAAGCUCGAUGAGUCAGUUCGAGAAGCAAAUUCUCUUACUCAAGGAAGAGUGCAAAGAAAGAGAAGUGCGAGGGAAAAAUUUGCGUAAGAUAAUCAAAGGCCAUCUGGGAAUAGAGCCGGACUUGGCUAGCAACGAUUUCAGCUCUCAAGCACAAGUCUUAAUGACCAAACCAUCAAACUCUUCUACAAGUGGAGGUUUAAAGUCUGUGUUCGUUCAAGGUCAGACUUUGCAACCUGAGCCAAUGAUAGUUGUUAAAAAAGGAAAAAUAACCAUAAACAACAAGCCAACCGCAAGGAAAAGGUGUACAACGCUUUGUGGAACCAUCGAGAAAACAUUUCUCCCAUGGCAAAAAGUUGACAUAGAAGGAGAUCAAUCUAAAGAUUCUCUGAGGCCUUCCCAAGUCAUGGGAAAUGAAGGUCAAUACUUGAAUGGUCAGUUCAAUCAUGGGUUUGCUAAACCUCAGAGACCAUCUAGAAGGUCAAUGAGAGGUGUCGGAAGACUCUUUCCGUUCGAUGAGGACUGGUUUAUGGUCCAUGAGCCGAUGACAAAAGUGCAAUUUCAAUGGCAUCAUAGACAUAGACUGACGUUCUAUUCUAAGGUAAGCAGGACCAUUUGGUACGUAGACAGCGGUUGCUCAAGGCACACGACUGGAAACAAAUCAGAAUUGAGCAACUAUCGAGAUGUAGAUGGUCCUAAAGUAAUUUUUGGAGGCGAGUCUAGUGGUCAAACAAAGGGUAUUGGCGACAUCAACAAAAACGGACUCACGAUUCGGGAUGUGUCAUACGUGGAAGGAUUAAGAUUUAACCUACUAAGUACAAGAUUAAGUCUCGACUUGUUGCCAAGGGUUAUUGUCAGGAAGAAGGCAUCGAUUUUGAUGAAUGUCAAGAGUGCAUUUCUCAAUGGUCUUUUGGAAGAAGAAGUGUAUGUUAAGAAACCUCCAGGUUUUCAAUCGAAAAUGGGCAUGCAUAAAGUCUACAAGCUAAAGAAGGCCUUGUAUGGAUUUAAACAAGUGUCGAGAGCUUGCACCAAUCCAUCUUUGUGUGAGAAGUUCUCUAAACGCAUGCAAGACAAAAUUGAGAUGAGCAUGAUGGGAGAACUCAUUUACUUCCUAAGACUGCAAAUCAAGCAAGGUCCAGAAGAAAUCUUUAUCAAUCAAGCUAAAUACAUUAAGAAUCUCAUCAAGAAGUUUGGAGUUGAUGAGAAGUCCUUAGUAAAGAAUCCAAUGAACACCUCGUUGUGA